AGCGGUGGCGCGUUGGAGGCGGCCAUGGCAAAGCAAUACGACUCAGUGGUGUACCCCUUCUGUGAUGAGGUGACCAAAUAUGAGAUGCUCACUAAGAUCGGCCAAGGCACUUUCGGGGAGGUGUUUAAGGCAAAGCAUCGCCUGACCGGCCAAAAGGUGGCUCUGAAGAAAGUCCUGAUGGAGAACGAGAAGGAGGGGUUCCCCAUCACGGCCUUGCGGGAAAUCAAGAUCCUCCAGCUUCUAAAACAUGAGAAUGUGGUCAACUUGAUUGAGAUCUGUCGAGCCAAAGCAUCCCCCUAUAACCGCCGCAAAGGCAGCAUAUACCUGGUGUUCGACUUCUGCGAGCAUGACCUUGCUGGGCUGCUGAGCAACGUGUCAGUCAAGUUCACACUGUCUGAGAUCAAGAAGGUCAUGCAGAUGCUGCUCAAUGGCCUCUACUACAUCCACAGGAACAAGAUCCUGCACAGGGACCUGAAGCCAGCGAACGUGCUCAUCACCCGAGACGGGGUCCUCAAACUGGCAGACUUUGGGCUGGCCAGGGCCUUCAGUCUGGCCAGGAACAGCCAGCCCAACUGCUAUACCAACCGUGUGGUGACACUCUGGUACCGGCCCCCGGAGCUAUUGCUCGGGGCGCGGGAAUAUGGCCCCCCCAUUGACCUGUGGGGUGCUGGAUGCAUCAUGGCGGAGAUGUGGACCCGCAGCCCUAUCAUGCAGGGCAACACGGAGCAGCGCCAGCUUACCCUCAUCAGCCAGCUCUGUGGCUCCAUCACGCCUGAGGUGUGGCCAAAUGUGCACAAGUAGGAGCUGUUUGAGAAACUGGAGCUAGUGAAGGGUCAGAAGCGGAAGGUGAAGGAUAGGCUGAAGGCCUACGUGCACGACCCCUAUGCACUGGACCUCAUGGACAAGUUGCUGGUGCUGGACCCUGCGCAGCGCAUCGACAGCGAUGAUGCCCUCAACCAUGACUUCUUCUGGUCUGACCCCAUGCCCUCAGACCUCAAGGGCAUGCUCUCCACCCACCAGACAUCCAUGUUCCAGUACCUGGCGCCACCACGCCGCAAGGGCAGCCAGGUCACCCAGCCUUCCACUAACCAGAGCCGCAAUCCCACCCAUAUCAACCAGACGGAGUUUGAGCGUGUCUUCUGAGUGGCGGCGCUGCUGCUUUCCUUAGGGCUCUAUCUUCUGCUCUGUGACUCACGCUGUGGAGACAAUGGGGAAUUUGAGUUUUUUCUCCAGUGCAUAUGUUGUCUUAUCCCCACCUGGGCACUGGGAAUGCCAUCCGAGUGGACUGGAGUAAAGCUUUGGCUCAAUGUCCAGGAAGGCACUGAGGGUGCCUCCCUGGUUCCCUGGCUCUGGAGAAUGUCCAGAGCGUCUCCACUUACCUUAGGACAGGGAUGAGGUGGGGGAGAGGUGCACCCCACCAGUAUCUUUCUAGGUUCCCAGCAUGAUGGGAGGAGGGACAGGUCCUCACCCAUUCCUGGUUUUUCUCUUGGCCUAAGUCACUUGCAUGGGGGACACCAGCCUAGAAUAUGGGCUGCUCUUGGUCUGAGCCUCAGAGG